UAAGAGCAUUUCAUCAGUUUAUUUCAGUCAUUGGAUAGGCAAACUGUAAUAGAGCGGAUUUUUCAUUUUAGAGGUGCAAAUCUGCCUUCUAGAAGGAUGAGUACACUUAACAUCUUUUCAUGGAUUUGGAUUUCUUUGUUUUGUGAACUACUGUUCCGUGCCUUGUCUGGCAUAUUCAAGUGCCACAAGGCCAUCAAAGAUACCCCGGGUCUAGAUGGACUCGAGAAUGAAAAUGAUAAAACUAACUUUGAAAUAAAACCAAGAAAGAGCCGGUGCUUUUACAAAAAAUGUAAAAGAGGUCUUGCGGGUCUAUCUGAAGAGUUCAAGUCAAUGUUUAGUAAAAAGGAUGAAAACAACUUCGUAUCAGAAGACGAUCCACUGGUUAAGGACGGUCUCCGUCGUGAAGAUAAAUUUGUUAAUGGUGGAAAUGUCAAAGUAUCUUCUUACUACGACCAAAAUGGGAAAAUGGUCUUCCAGAGAGAGACUGUACUGCCACCACCUACCGUUAAUGAUAUACGAAACAACAACAAAGAUCUCAACAACCCUCCAUUUUUUAUCAAACCUCAAGAAGCUUCAACCUCCGAUGGAAUAAAAAACAUUGAUGAUAAGAUUGACGAAACUUUCGGUAAAAUUUACGGAGUAGCAAAAGAACUAGAGGACUCGCAGAAAACCUUCAUCGAUGAACAUAUUAAUAAAACAUUUAAGGAUAUUAACGACAUGGUCCUACCAUCUGUUUUCUAAAGAUUUGAAUGGGGUUUUUACAAUUGCUAGCUUAGUUUUACUGCUAUCACUGUAAUGUUGGGAUAUUUUCAACCGCGUAGAGAAGCAAGCCGAUAGGUUGACUGCAAAUAUUGUAGAAAUAAAAACACCGUUCAAAAGAG